AUGUCAGUCGGUGAACGCAACUCCAAGAUCGACUCUACACUCUCAUCCGCCCCUAAGACAUCUGCUGCCUGGAUCCAAUACGCCAAGACAUUUGUGUGUAUCCACCAUGGAAAAUACAAGUCACAGGCCGGCCUCGACAAGAGUCGCGAACCAGCGGAUGUCCUCCAAAGAGACUUGUGA